AAUUUUGUACAGUGCUCGUACAUUGGCCGAACUGAAAAUGUUGAUGGAACGUUAUGAAAAAUUACGCCGUGCCUCAGUGCAACCAAGAUCAAGUGCCAUGCCAGCUGCAACAAUGAAACAGAAGCCAUACGUGCCAGAUGCCAGUGCAAAUACACGUGCCAUUGCAAGUGCCAGCGGUAGUACAACGAAAAGUGUUGGUGAAAUUGAUUUGUCGGGAAUUCGUUGCUACAAUUGUUUCAAUUAUGGGCAUUACCAGAGCAAGUGCACGGCUCCAAAGCGGCCACCAAAUUCGUGUUUCAUAUGCCAUGAGGUCGGUCAUACACGUCAUGAAUGCCCGAAAAAGAAGAAGCCAGAAGCCAGUGAACCAAAUGCGGUCGCAACGGUUGGAAAUCCGCCACCAGAAACAAAUUACCAAGACAAUUGGGACAUCGCAGAGGAUGAGAACGAAGUACGCCGUUUAGCAACGCAGUUGUCAUCGAUGCAAAUGCCCCGUUAGUUUCGUGAGACGUUCGAUGGUACCAUUUGCGAUGAAUAAAUUAAAAUGUACACCGUAUCGUGGGAUGGGCAAUAAAAAACUAAAUAAUGAAGCCGUGGUACCUUUACUUGUGGGCCGU